GGAGAAGAAUAUUUUGGAAAUGAAUUAACAAAACGUAUGAAGAAAGAUUCAGAAAGAUUUAUCAUUGAACCUAGUUAUGUUUUCUGUGAAAAGUUAAUUGAUGGUAGAGUAAGUUUUCAAGGAAUGAAUCCUGAAAUAGAAAAAUUAAUGGAAGCAGAACAAAAGAAUGAAAAUAUUAAAAUGGAAGUACAAAAAGAAACAGAUAUUUCAGAUGAGCAAAUGGCAAAAAGUUGGAAAACUUAUAGAAAAAUAACAAAAAAUGAACAUAAAUAUGAAAAAUCAUUACAAAAACAUAAUAAUAAUAAUCAUGAACCAUUACCAAAAAAACCAAAAUUUUUAAAACCACAAUAUUAG